UCGCCCCUGCGGCGCGGCCAUGGCGGCCCCGCGGCUGCAGCUGACGCUGGCGCUGCUCAAGCCGGACGCGGUGGCGCAUCCGCUGGUGCGGGAGGCCGUGCACGCCGCCAUCCUCCGCCACCGCUUCCUCAUCGUGCGCGCCAAGGAGCUGCGGUGCGGCCCCGAGCAGAGCCGCCGCUUCUACCGGGAGCACGCGGGGCGGUUCUUCUACCAGCGGCUCGUGGAGUUCAUGGCCAGUGGCCCCAUGUGGGCUUACAUCCUGGCCCAUGAGGAUGCCGUCCCUCGCUGGAGAUCCCUGAUGGGACCCACCAAAGUGUUCCGAGCCCGACACAGCGACCCGGACUCCAUCCGAGGAGCCUACGGCCUCACGGACACCAGGAACACCACCCAUGGCUCAGACUCACCCGCCUCAGCCAGCAGGGAAAUUGCCUUUUUCUUCCCCGAGUUUGAUGAGCGGCGCUGGUACGAGCAGGACGAGCCGAGGCUGCGCCGCGGGCGGGUGUUCUACAGCCCCGAGGAGCGCGUGCACCGCGUGCUCCGGGCAGAUGAGCCAGAGGUGACCUGAGUUACCUGCGGUAGGGCUUGCUCUGCUGAGCUGGCAGCGCCUCUGGGUGCUCUGCUGGGGUGCCAGACGGAGAGUUGUGCCACGCUUUAGGGCCUGAGGGAGGGGGAGAGCCUCGUGUGGGUGAUGCUGUGUUCCCCAGGGUCGUGUCGUGCUCCCCGGGGUUGGGUUGUUGGUGCAGCAGGAAGAGCUCCUUCAGCAAUGUUCCCACUGACAGUCUGGCCACACAGCUCACAGGCCUUCAAGUUUAUUUGGGUGUGAAUAAGAUAGGUGAGUUGGUCCAGGGCCAGGUGGAUCAGAGGUUGCUUGUUCCAGUUGGAUUGCAACUGCUUUUGCUGGUGGUAGGCCCUGGGUUCUCUGUUGGCUGUUCCCACUGUGCCUUAGGGAGAAAAGAGGGGAAAAAGAACCUAAAAAAGGCAUCAGUGGGGCAAGGUGAACCACGCUGUCCUCACUCCUGUGCAGCCAGGUUGGGAAGCCCACUGUCCUGGGGUUUGUGUCCUGACUCGUGUCAGGUGGAGGCACAGCUGGAGCUGGUCCUGGUGGGGCACAAGAGCAGCAGGUUUGGUGGAACUCAGUAGUGGCUGUGGAGCUCUGGAUUUCCUGGAUCCACCAGUCCAGGGCUGGAUAAUGAAUUCGACUGCAGGUGGCAGGGGCUGAGAAGCUCUGCCAGGGGCUCCUCACGUGAGGUCUUGUGACAAAACACCUGAGGGCAGCUUGGAGCCCUCAGUGUCUGUGGCCUCACUGGACAGUUCCGUAUCUUUGGGAAAAGGGAUGGCCAAAGCCAUUUAGUCACCUGGAUAAGUGAUGGAAUGAUGACAUGGUGGUACAGCAGGGCUGGGUGUGGAGGUGCAGAGCCAGGUCCUGGCAGGCUGAUCUGCAUUUCCCCGUGUGAUGCCCUGUGAGGUUGGUUCCUGUACAGGGGUUUAGUGCAUUUACAGUGUCCCAGAUCAAGGCAGGGACUCUCUGUUCCCAGAACUCCUUCCAUUGUGGGAAGUGCUGCCCAGAGCUAUCAUGGUCAAACACAUCUGCAGUUGUGUUUCCUCCUCCUCCUCCUCCUGUCUGGGAUCAAAUGGUCGUUGUUCUGUUCCAGGUACAGAUGCAGGGAUCUGCGGGACAUUGCUGCUGUCCCUGUCCCCAGCAAUGUCCAGAGUGGAUCUGCUCAGGAUCCCAUGUGCCUUCACACAGGUCUGAGAGCUGCUGUCCCUGAUGCUGUUGAUACUUUACUGGGAUUUUGUAAAUUGAUGGUUUGUUGAUUCCUGGAGGGUUUGCUCAGUUUUAUGUGUUUUUAUCUUGUAAUUAUUAAACUCAACUGUUUCUACCUUU